AAAAUACCAACCUUUUUUCUCUUCCUUUUACUAUAUGACUUAAAGAACUACCAAUUUGCUGCAAUUCUCCUUGGAAGCAAUUUUGUAUUGAAGCGGUUUGGUAAACCCUAAUCGACAAAAGAGCUUCGGAGCGAGGUUUUCCUUCAACCGGGCUGUUGUAUGUAUGUCCACAGGGGCAGGUGCAGUGGCAGAGAGUAGGAAGAAACUUUGACAGGAAGAAGAAAGAGUUGCAGCUACUAAAACGAAAUCUUAUCUGGACUCACUCUAGGAUGGACAUUGAUGAUGAUUUCACAUUUUGUCAGGUCAGUGCACCUGUUGAUCUCGAAACAAACAAGCUUGCUUCAGAUGUUGCUGAUAUUUCUAUUAAAGAAUCUUCAAAUGCAACUAGUACUAUUCAGGAUGGUGGUUUUUUGUCGAAGGAUGGUUUAUCCAAGGAUUCCAACUCUAAGGAGGCUAAUGUUGGUUCUUUGUCUUUCACUGUUACUAACACAAGUUCAAGUCAGCCUAAUGAAUCCAGUCAAUCUACCCUAAAAUCUGCACCAGGUAAGGCUAACAAUUUGUCAUCGAAAUUGCCAGAAGAGAAGAAUUCUGCUAAGAAGCCAGUGGUUCGGGCCAAAGUGCCCUUUGAAAAAGGCUAUAGUCAAAUGGACUGGCUCAAGCUCACCCGAACUCAUCCAGACCUUGCAGGUUUGAAAGGGCAGUCAAACAAGAGACUUAUUUCUAUGGAUGAAGUUAGAAAACACAAAACAGAAGGUGACAUGUGGACUGUAUUAAAAGGUCGUGUUUACAAUAUAUCUCCAUAUAUGAAGUUUCACCCUGGAGGUGUUGAUAUGUUGAUGAAGGCAGUAGGAAAAGAUUGCACAUCUUUAUUCA